AUGAAAGAGGGCCAGUGCGGCUACUUCACUUUCAUUCCCGUCAAGAAGAUCACAUGCGGAACCUUAUCUGAGUCCGUUUGGAAAACAGGAACGUCCUGCAGCACGUCCAAGAAAGACGGUGCCAACCACAAAGUUAACUACUGCGUCGACCAGCUCUGGAACAUCAGAGACAAGACCAGCGGCAAGGAGGUACCCGAUGGCAUCACUAUCUUCGUCCACACGAACUGCAGCACGCGUGAGCCGCUGGCCAUGGAGAAGCAGGACCCAGCGUAUGCCGCACCCGGCGUGGCCCUUGACAAGGAAAGGAACCAGAAGGUCCAGCAGGAUUGGGUCUGGAACUCGUGUAGCUUCACUUGGUUCCAAGAUCAGAAGAAGCUCAAGGUGUUUCUUCGUGGCGGCGGGUUCCGCGAUGACAAGAUUGCAUCCGACGGAGACAAACUCGCCUCCGCGAUUACCAAGUGUAGCGGCGACGCCGGUAUACUUGACUCGACGUUUCAGUGGUUCUACAACGAUUACUACAGGUUCAACACCAAAUUCCCUGAGCCUAGACCGAAGGAGGUGGGUGCGUCCUGGUUUUUUUCGGCGAUAGUGCCGGCGAAAACUAGCCCAAAAUGCGUCGGGGACGCCCUCGUGGGCAUGGGAGGCUUCAAGGAUCAGUGUGUUGAAGAUGAGCAUUCUGUCAAUGGUAAGAAAGUCUCGGAGUUGUAA